GGGACACGACGAGGGACAUAAAUCCGACACGACUAAAAUUUUUGCUUAGACUAAAGAAGUUUUAACGACAGAAAUCUUAACACAACAUAUUCGCUGUCCAGAUGGAUAAGAAAUUGGAAUGUUCCAAGUGCUCAAAAACCUCUAAAAACAAGCAGGCCUUAAAGAAACACAUCAUCAUGCACGAUAAAGAUGCUCAAGUGAAAUGCGAACUUUACAGGAAAGUUUCAAAAAACUCGGUUGCCUUGGUGGCCCACAUGCCGAGAUGUCACACCAACCUAAAACGUCCCCGAAUGUGUGAGACUUGUACCCGGGUGUUUAUCAGCUCUUACAAUAUUAAAACCGUCCACAACCCGACGAGGGUCCGCUGGCCAUGCAGUUUUCCCGGUUGCGAUAAAACUUAUCAGAACAAAACAGGUUUAAAUAAACACUUGAGAAUGGACCAUGUCGAAAAUCCGACCAAAUUUCCGUGUACCUUAUGCCGAAAAGAAUUUAAGGUCAAGACCAACCUUGAGCGUCACAUAGCCACCCACACGACUGAGAAGACGCAUAAUUGUUCCAUUUGUGCAAGAAGUUUCGCAGGACUGCACGACCUGAAACGGCACGAGAUGACCCAUUUGGAAAAAUGUGCACGAGAGAUUUUCAAGUGCAACCUUUGUCAAAUGAAGUUCUUGAGUAUUAUCUACUUGCGCAGGCAUAUCCGGGUUGUUCAUGAAAAUCGGAAAAAUCGGAGAAAUUGUCCUUGCUCAUAUUGUGGCAAACAGUUCUCGCUCUCGGGUAAUUUGAAACGCCACGUCCAGUCGUUGCACCCCGUGACCAGGGAGAAGAUUCAUUCCUGCGAGUCUGUGAAAUUUAUGACCAACUGCUCAAAUCAAAAGCACACUGCGACUACGACUCAAAGAUUUAGACCAUGAUAUCAAACUUGGUUUUGAGUAUCUUUCACUCCCACUUAUUUAAUACGCUUUUCCACGAUCCUUUGUGAGUUGACUUGUGUUACGGAAACUUGCACUGUUGUAAAAAGUAAUAGGCGAGUACAGGAGUCACUCUAAGUGCAAUUUAGACAAGCACAAAAGACGGCACCGUGCCAAGAAAUAUGUUUGUUACUUUCGUAGCAAGCAAUUCGUCGAUUUUAGUAAUUUGGUAAAACAUUGUAGUUUAACUCAUACGCUAGAGCAGAAAUUAUAACUCUCCUCCUCUCGCUCCAAUGCUACAUAGGCUCGCCUCAAAUAUCGUCACAGAUUGACGAAAUGUGAUUAGUGAUGUUUCGUCCGAAGCAAAUAUCAAAUUGCACUAUUUACUACUAAUUGGUAUUACGUUAAUUAUAGAUAAUGUCAGCACAGAUAAUUAUUUUGUGAAAUAGUUAAUUCAUAGUUAAGUAUUUUUGUGUUAUGAAAAAAAUGUGUCUCAAAACUCAAGAUUUUGAUUUUGGCACCACUGACUUUCUUGGUUUGAUUUUGGCUUGUAACAAAACCAACUUUCUUGAAGCAAAUUCAAUUUGGUUUGGCUUCCCGAUUUUUUAAGCCAAUCCGAAGCCAAUUUGAUAUUUGCUUCGGACAAAACCUCCCUAUUUUUGCACUAAAUUCCUCCGCUUUACGUGAUAACUUUGUUAAUAACGCGUCUACUUGUUAUCAUGCACAAUUUGGUAUAGGCGAAAGCUAUACCAAAGAAUGCCUUUAAGAAUACGAUUCGCUUACGUGGCUUGGACCUGAAACACUGCGUGGGCAUAUCUUCUUUCUUCUAACAUGCGAUGGUGUGAACUGUAGCAAUAAAAUUUCUAAUCAUUUCAAAACUAUGUAGUCCACGUCAAUAAAACCAAGCUUUGGUAAAGUAGUUUGUGCGAUGGCUCGAAUUUGUUAAAAUGUGUGAGAUUAAAAUUAAAAAAUGUAUAAUGUGAACCCCACGGGGAAAGUAAUCUCCUCAUCGUUCCAUAAUACGGAAAAAUCGACCAUCUUUCAGCUUUAGCCUCAAAGUUGCUCCAUCUUUAACUUCUAAUUUGCAAAUACUAAUUAUUCGAUAAAAUAAAUAAUUCCGACAACUCCAACUCUGUGGAGGUUUCUGUUACGCAUUUAUCUCGGCUUUUCUUAGGAAACCUAGUGCAUAAAAUAUUCACGUUUCCAAUUUUUUCUACCUUCCAGACUUGAAAUCAUGCGACAUUAAAAGAUAUUUACACAUAAGGAAGGUUCAAAGUUUCUGGCAAACAUAUAAACUUGUACUCGGUUCCAUAUUUAUUGCGAUAAAAAAUAUGGAAACCAGGUUAUUGAUUUACAAAGAAUGCUUUGUGUUCCGAAAUUAAUUAGUCUAAUUUACAAAAACACGCAAUGGGUGUGACACUUUCGUGACACCACCAGCGUCCACUGGGAUGGUUGCGCUCCGCCCUUUUUUCAAUAGAAUCAGGCUAGAGAAGGUAAAAUGCAAAACAAGAUAAAAUAUGUAUGAAUUUUCAAUUUGCAAAUUGUGUCCAAGCUAAACCUUAACUAUGUACCUAUGUAUGCUUAUACAGUUCUGAAUUUGAAAUAAAUAUCAUCCGUAACUACAGAUUG